AUGGAUAAGAAGCCCUUUGAAGACUCCCCUAAGCUGCAAAAUGCUAAAGAAGAGUCCCAGAAGGAAGCUCUCCGACGCUGCCAGAUGGCUUGUGACCUGUUUGCCAUUCGCCAGUUGCUGCAGAAGUCCUGCUUCGUCGGAUUAUUUGGACCGCAGAAUGCUGGUAAAUCCACGCUCAUCGAAAAGACCUGGGGUGUGUCUGUGAAGGAGAGGGGGUUCAAGACCCACACCUCGGCUCCAGACCUGUACAAGGCGAAGGGGACGGAAAGAAUGGUGAUCAUAGACUUUCCGGGCACCACUACAAUCGACGAUCAAGUUGCUAACCUGGCUAACAACUGCGGGGGGCUGUCUAGCAUCCUCAUCCUCGUCAUGCCGUUCCAAGGAGACACCAGCACGGACCACGUCACACAGCUGGAGAAAGCUAACAAGCUGGUAGAAGAUUUCGACUGUUCUAUUCUCCUGUGCAUCAGCCAAUGCGGUCGUUUCAAGGACAUAUUGAAGGACAAGGAAACUGUGGAUGUCUUCAGGGAGGACUACACAAAACACCUGAAGAUCGACGCCGCCAACAUCCUCUUCACGGAGCUUGUGGAGACCGAGGCCAUGGAGAGCAGGGGCGUGGUCGGGGCAGAUGGGGUGAGGACGUGGUUGAAAGAUUGGCUGAUUAAAUAUGAUGUGUUUGAAAACAAUGUUGAUGAGCUCUACGCAGCUGUUAACAUGAGCAGGGAGUGAGCAACCUCACAAUGAGUAACUCUCCAAGGUUCGUCUCGGUUUUAUGUAUAUUUAUCGGGCUUUCUAUUUUGUACUGUUUGUCCGGAGGCCAUGAAGAAAAUGGCACAAAAUAGAAAUCCCGACAAAAUGCCUAACAUUACGACGAAAACAGAGCCGAACCUCUGCUUUUGAGAGUAACUCUGAGAAUAACUUUGUUGAUUUAUCAGAGAUACAACUUUACUCUCAGGCGUCUCUAGCUGCAGACAAGAGAACGACAGGAGGAAGUGAUAGGAACCUGUGUCAUGUAAUGACAUUAGACAGAUUGUGAUAACAUUUUUCUGCCUAUCUGGUAGUGCUUAGGACUUGCCAAAUACAUUUUAAGUUUGUAUUGAUUUAUACAAUUCGUUAUAUCCACACAGUAUCUUAUAAUCGUGCACAAUUUGCGUGCUAAUAUUGAUGUGUAGUUUUGCCUGUUUUUUGACAAGCUUUGGGUAGGAUAAUUUGUUAUGAAAUUGGCAUGAAUGUUUGCUGUAAUUGUUCUGCCGUUGUAUAUCUUCAUCAAAUGUA